AUGAUGAUUAACCGACAAAACAACAAUGCCGGUUCAAAAGAUAUGCGCUUAUGCUCAUCGACAUUUUGGAAUAUUCAUUUAGAUGUCAUGAGAAAUGCGGCAUUUCCAAAUAUUAGAGGAAGAAGAGCUGGUUUGGCGGAAAUAAAUGUAAAAUCUGCAAACUUUUUGAACCUAAUUCGUCUUCUGAACGCCCAUAAAAUUAUUUUCGAGUUUUUUACAUGUUGGUUGGCUUUUUGCAUUCACACAAGGCUCCGAUUUCGUGCUAUCAUCACACGAAUGUCGCCUAGAAACAUUGACUUAGUGCUUUUAUUUAGACUAUCUCAAAACCAGUCAAUCAAUUUCAAAGUUCAGGAUGUUAUAAAAUUCUCUGGAAGGAUAGAAUGGUGGCAGGUUGGGUUUCAGAGAGGCCAAAAAGGUACGCAAUCCUACAAAUAUAGCAGUAUCCACAACAAAUCAAAUAAGUUUCAAAAAUAUAUUGGUUCCAAUAAAAAGAGUGGUGAUAUCAAUGAGUACUGGAAGAGGCGGCAUAGGCCGUUACACCACGGCUUUCAGCUUAUUUUGCUGGCCAAAUUUGACAAUUUGUUAAAAAAAGAAGAUAUUUCAAAUGAUCAAGUCAAUGAAGGCAUCGGUGUAGAUGAACAAAAUUUAGUCACGUGGAAAACUGGUGAAGUAAGGAACGAUAGUAAAGUCAGUUGGGCUGCUUUACCUGAACCGUUACUGGGCCUUAUUUUAUGGUGCAGUAUCAACAUAUUAUUACGAACCAGUUUCAACCAAGAAAAGGGGCUUUUAAAUGAUUCAACUAUUAAAAAUGGUUUCAAGUACUUUUUUGAGGAUAAAGUUCACCUCACAUAUGUUCUAGAGAUAUAG